GCCACACAGGCUUCUCAUUGUAUCUACCCCUAGGACCAAGGGAGGACCAUCCUGGGACCUUGCUGCUGGAAGGUUGAGGUCCUCAGCUUCUCCUCCUCCAUCCUCUCUCCUCUGCCGUCCCAUCGUCUUCUGCCUCACAAGCAUCACCCCUUGAAUCUUCUUGCAUCCUUGUCUGUCCCAUUUCUCUCCCUGCUCUGAACUUCUUCCAUCUCUUCGGCUUCUUUCUUUGGCUUUGGCCCACUCGGAAGAAGGGCCUCUCAUCCAGGCCUGGUGGCUCAUGACUGUCCCCCCCAUCAGCCAUGAGUAUUAUGACCCAGCGGAGUUCAUGGAGGGCGGCCCGCAGGAGGCAGACCGUGUGGACGAGCUGGAGUAUGAGGAGGUGGAGCUAUAUAAAGCCAGCCACCGGGACAAGCUGGGCCUGAUGGUUUGCUAUCGCACCGAUGAUGAGGAGGACCUGGGCAUCUACGUUGGAGAGGUGAAUCCCAACAGCAUUGCAGCCAAAGAUGGCCGAAUCCGAGAGGGAGACCGAAUUGUCCAGAUAAACGGUAUGGACGUCCAGAACCGGGAAGAGGCGGUGGCCAUCCUGAGCCAGGAGGAGAACACCAACAUCUCCUUGCUGGUGGCCCGGCCUGAGAGCCAGCUGGCAAAGCGAAUGAAGGACAGUGACCGGGACGACUUCCUGGAUGACUUGGACUCACAGAAUGAGGGGAAGUUGAAAUCCCCCCCUGCCCAGCAGCUUGGAAAAGAAGAGGAGCAAGGGGCCCCUGAAGUGGGCCCAGGCCUGAGCAACAGCCAGGAGCUGGACAGUGGGGUGGGUCGGACUGAUGAGAGCACCCGCAAUGAGGAGAGCUCUGAGCACGACCUGCUGGGGGAUGAGCCCCCAAGCACCACCAACACACCUGGGACCCUGCGAAAGUUUGGCCUGCAAGGGGACGCCCUGCAGAGCCGGGACUUCCACUUCAGCAUGGACUCCUUGCUGGCUGAGGGGGCUGGGCUGGGGGUUAGUGAGGUCCCUGGCCUCACUGAUGAGGAGUAUGAGCGCUACAGGGAGCUGCUGGAAAUUAAGUGCCACCUGGAGAAUGGCAACCAGUUGGGCCCCCUCUUCUCCCGGGCCUCCAGUGGCAACAGUGCCCUGGACGUCAACCGCAAUGAAAGCCUGGGCCACGAGAUGGCCAUGCUGGAGGAGGAGCUACGGCACCUGGAAUUCAAGUGCCGCAACAUUCUGCGGGCGCAGAAGAUGCAGCAGCUGCGGGAGCGCUGCAUGAAGGCCUGGCUGCUGGAGGAGGAGAGCGUCUAUGAGCUGGGGGCCAGUGAGCCCAAGAAGCGUGAGCUGUCUGACAUCUCUGAGCUGCCUGAGAAGUCUGACAAGGACAGCACCAGUGCCUACAACACAGGGGAGAGCUGCCGAAGCACCCCGCUGCUCACUGAGCCUCUGCAGGAGAGCCCCGUGAGGCGGGCUGCUGCUGUCAACUCCAACUUGAACCAGACCCCCUCUGGCCCCACUGUCGUCACCCACUCCAAGGCAGCUCCUUCACAGGGGAGCCCUGCCAAGUUCCGAUCCCUCUCCCGGGAUCCUGAGGUGGGCCGGAGACAGCACUCAGAGGAGCGUGUCCGCCGCAGUCCCAAGAUGGGGGUGACCCUGGAGCGUGUGGGUCCCGAGAUCAGCCCUUACCUCUCUAGGCGCCACCGAGGCCAGGGCCAGGAGAGUGAGCACUACCAAAGUUGUGUGCAGCUGGUCCCUCCACACUGCCUGGAGGAUCUGGGCCAUGGCCCCUUGAGUUUGGCCGGUGGUCCUCGGGUGGGUGGAGCAGUCGUGGCAGCCACCGAAGUGCCCCGCAUGGAGUGGAAAGUCAAGGUGCGCAGUGAUGGAACCCGGUAUGUGGCCAAGCGGCCUGUGCGUGAUCGCCUCCUAAAAGCCCGGGCCCUGAAGAUCCGGGAGGAGCGCAGUGGCAUGACCACAGACGAUGACGCUGUGAGUGAGAUGAAGAUGGGCCGUUACUGGAGCAAGGAGGAGCGGAAGCAGCACCUAAUCCGGGCCCGGGAGCAGCGGAAGCGGCGUGAGUUCAUGAUGCAGAGCCGGUUGGAGUGCCUGAGGGAACAGCAGAACAGCGACAGCAAGGCUGAGCUCAACAUCAUUGCCUUGAGCCACCGCAAAACCAUGAAGAAGCGGAAUAAGAAGAUUCUAGAUAACUGGAUCACCAUCCAGGAGAUGCUGGCCCACGGCACUCGAUCAGCUGACGGCAAACGGGUCUAUAACCCUCUGCUCUCGGUUACCACCGUCUGAGCCACCCAGAUGGGAGCCAGCUGCACUACAGGGCGGGCCCUCUGCCCCAGCCCAGGUCCAGUGAGCCUCCAGGAGCCCCAUCCCCUACUCUCCCUUAGAAUCUAGUGUGUCUGUGUGUGCACAGGUGUGCGCACCCCUGUCUUUGUAUUUGUGCACAGGACUUUGUUACCAGAGAGAAGCCCCUGAGGAGCAUGGGCAUCCCUUCAGUUGUGUGCACGUGUGUGCGAAACAUGAGCCCAGGCACAUGCACAUGAAUACACUCACACAUACUCCUCCAGAGCUCUCUCAGUGUGGGUACUUGGGGACAGGGAAGUUGAGCUGAAAAGGAGAGGUGAAGAGGAUUGUCCUAAGCACAAGAGAAUGUCCAGCUUCCGAGCUGAGCAGUCUCCUCCUGCUGGGAGCCUCCACUGUUUGUAGACAAAGGCAACCCUGAUUUUUGUGGGUUUUCUCCCUUUCUGUGCUUGCCACUUGUUUUUCUGUUUUGUGCACCUGCCCUGGGGGCUGGCAGCUCCUUCAGGCAGCCUGACAAAGGUGGAACCCCCCCUA